AUGGCGAGGGUGAUUGCCGUAGGGCCGGGGUGCCAACUCCGACUGAAGGACAUGUGGUAUCUGAAUCAUGUCCUUGUUCCAGAUUCUCAUGUGUCCCAAGCACUCAACGUCCCAACUGCGAGUCCCAGCUCAGAUGCCAUCGACGCCAUCGACGCCCAUCCACCCGCUCCAGGUAGCAUAUUUUCCUGCGCUACCUACCCAGCGAGCCUCUGGCGAAGCCACAAACCUAUAUGUAAAGGGCCUUCGCCCCUUCGUCCGCGGCUCGCUGUGAUGUCCAACGGAAUAAUGCUCCUGGACUGGCACAGCGUCGAGCACCAUCCUUCCUCAUCGCCGUCUCCCACCCUUAGGGCUCGUCUCAUCAGGUCUCUUCCCCGUCUACUAACCACCUUGAUAAGCUCGAUCCAUCAUCCGCCGAACCAUCCAUCUUACUACUUCGCAUCCCUGGCGGCCAAGAACUUAUCUUCAUGCCCUACCACCAACGGAGACUGCAACCGCAUGUGGCACCAUCCUCCCAUCGGCCGACACCGAAGUUUCACCAAACAAAGGGGAAGUCAAGCAAAGUUCAACAGAACUUGCGUGUUCCCUCGUUUGUCCGAAUUCUUUCAUGCUGACCGAUGGGUCAACUCGGUUGUAUCGCUCUCAUCGCGCUUCUACUACUGGUCAGACGCCGGUCGAAUCUCCUCCUACGACUGUCGUACAGCCCCACUUCGAUCUCCGACUCUCACUCACCUCGCCACCGACGUGCACGCGAGCGCAGACCCUCUUCCCAUCCCACAAGACUGGGGUUUCAAGCGAGGGCAUCAAAUCCCCGUCCAAAUUAGCGGCUCGGAGAUCCUGGACGUUAUCUCUCUCUUGCAGGUGCUCUCGAGUUGGAGGGAUGGGCCGGUUAGGAGUCCUAUGCUGCUGUAG